AUGAAAGGAUUGAAUGAAAGAAAAGGAUUUGACUUUGAUUACUGUCAAAGAAAUGCUCUUUUGCAAGAGCGCGGAUUCCCUUCCCCGAAGGCGACAUCUACUGGUACUACCAUUGUUGGUGUGAUUGCCAAAGAUUGCAUCGUUUUGGGUGCCGAUACAAGAGCUACUGCUGGACCUAUCAUUGCUGAUAAAAACUGCAGAAAGUUACAUUUAGUUUCUCCUAAUAUCUGGUGUGCUGGUGCUGGUACCGCUGCUGAUACGGAAUUCGUAACCUCGAUGAUUUCAUCAAACGUAGAGUUGCAUUCUAUGUAUGUGAAUCGGAAGCCAAGAGUGGCGACUGCCCUGACAAUGUUGAAGCAGCACCUAUUCCGUUACCAAGGUCAUAUCGGAGCUUACCUCGUCCUCGGCGGUUAUGAUUGCAAGGGCCCACACUUGUUUACCAUUGCUGCUCACGGUUCCAGUGACAAACUACCUUACGUUGCUCUUGGAUCUGGUAGUCUUGCUGCUAUUUCGGUCCUUGAAACCAAGUACAAAUCCAAUUUAGAACGCCAUGAAGCUAUGGAGCUUGUUCGUGAAGCAAUUGAAGCCGGUAUUUUUAAUGAUCUUGGUUCUGGUUCCAAUUGUGAUUUAGUUGUUAUUGAUAACGAAAAGGCUACCCCUUACCGUGGCUAUUCAAAGCCAAACGAGCGUGCUAAGAAGGAGCAGAACUACAAGUACGAGCGCGGUACCACAGCUGUUUUACGAGAAGACAUCCAUAAGUUUGUUACAGUCGAAACAUUGGACGAAAUGGAAGUCGACGUUUAA